UUUUAAAAUCAAAUAUGAAUUGUAAGUGCAUGGCGAAAUUAUAGAAUAACAAGAUAACCAUGCCUAAAAAUUUUGCGAACGAAAUUAAGUUGAUUCUAAUUUUGAUUAUAUGUCAUAGAUUCUUAUCAUCACCCCUGACCGCUGCCAGUCACUUGCCAUCGCUUCGCUACAAUCCACGUGACACGCUAUCAGAGGGAAUAUCAGAGAGUGAUUCAAGCAAAACUAGCAAUAAAUUGGAUAAACACAAGGAAUACAUAACAAAUCGUUUAAAGAACUCGAAUCAAAAUAUGUUUUUCAAUACCAAUUCCGACACAAGAAGAAGCACUUCUAAAAGAAACAGGCGCAAUUCGUUGAGAAAUCGGGAACACGUGACUUACUACAAACCUCGCUUUGAUUAUAACGAAGAUAAAAAUAUUUAUUUCCAAUAUGGUAAUAAUGACAAUGAUGAUUACGAAAUCCCAGAAGAUACAUUGCUAAAGCGACACAAGCUAAAUGGUAAGUAUGAUACUUCAGAUAUAGUCGAGAAUCUGAUGCCCAAUCAUUUAAAAGAAGAACUUUACCUAGAAGAUGAUCCUAGUAAACACUCAGAACAACGGCAUUCACUAGUAGAGCUUAACAAGCGUGGCUUUAUAGUGGGGAGAAAUAAUGCUGACUGUUUAUAUUCUAGGGAAGAUCUGAGAACAUUAUUGGAAAUGUUGAUUUCGGCUAAAAAGUCCGGAGCGGUUAAUGGCAUGAUCAAUUUAUGCGGGAAGAUGAUAAGGGCCGGUGCCGUAAAAACUGAUUUUAGGUUCGCCGGUUAAAAUUUUUUUUUAAAUUGUAUUUUUUUUUGCGAGAAUCAAUUUUCCAUUAAUAUUUUUACUGAAUUUCUAAUAUAAUUCGCCAUCAUCAUAUCAAGUAUUUAUAUUAGUGUUGCUAAACAGCUGGUUUUGAGCCGAUUUUUAAAGACGACUUAACCAUUCAGGAUAAUAUUACGCAAUGCCUGGAGAUUUUGUUUGUAGAAGGAACGAAGGUUUGGACAUCUAUCAACGGAAUCUAGAAGCAGCAUAGGCAAUAUUUUUCUGGCUAAAAUUUUGAGUUAGCCGUUCCUAAAAAUCGCUUCAAAACGAGCCGUUUAACGUAAUUUAUAUUUAGUGAUAUUAUGUAUUUUUUAAUAUAUAACAUUAUAAUUGUAUU